AUGGCGAUCUCCCAUGAUCCGCCGAGCGUGCUGAUCGGCCCUGGUGACUUUCAUACUGGCCCCUACUACAUCAUCAUUAGCGGACUACCGGAGCGAACAAGCUGGCAAGAUGUCAAAGACUUCAUCAAGAGCCAAAUUCCAUGGAAACUCGACAUUUACGUUAGCAUCUUUGGGAAACGCCAGGAUUCAGGCUGGGUCCGUGUUAUAGGAUUCAAGGCGUUUAAUCAUGUGAGAAAUCCUCGCCCACAACCCGGUUACGACGAGACUGGAGCCGGCCUCGUCCUAGUCAGAGCUCCCUUUUUCAGAGAUCGAAGUCUCUUUAUCAACCCGGAGGCGUUGGCUGCUGAUCCUACCACUUCUGGGUCGGCGGUGCAAGUAGCAGAGGAGUAUAUCACCCCGACAGCAUCAAACCCGCCCUCGGAGCAGUCCUAUCCAGGAGAACCAGGACAAGCACAACACGUACGAUCACAAGUCCAAGGACAAGGACCACCUCAAGCAACAGCACCAGACGUACAUUUUCCGCCCACACCCCCCAACACACCCAAAGCCACCCGCUCAACUUCCGAGCCCUCCAUGUCUCUUUCUGGAUCAAGAUUCCGGAAACUUGCAAUUACAUGGAGAGAAGACCCUUUAGAUCCCACUGGUAAAGCCAACCCGUCUCCUCUCCCUUCUGCAGGACCUCUGUCCCCGAGCACCCAAGAAGAAAUGGGUUCCAGCAUCAAAGCCGAGCUCGCCCCUCUUCUUCUUUCCUGCAGCAACCAACCCAGCGACCCUCUCGAGACACUCGAGUGUUUCCCCGGCACCGCUCUGGCAACGUUCAUCUCGCAUGAGCUUGCCAGAAGGGCUAUCAAAGUGCUGAGGCAGUCAGAACGGUUGAAUGCUAGACCGGUGGUGGAUGAGGUGCCUGCAGGUGACUUGGGUCCAUCACAACAACAAUCACAGACAGUGGGAAUAGGGGCAGCAGCGAAGAAACUGGGAAGUGGAAAGAAAAUAAGUGCUGGGGCUGGUACUAGGACCGUAUCUGCUCCUGCUCCUGCUCUUGCUGUAGCAAAAGCUGGAACUACGUCGCCCAUAGGAGCUUCGGCAUGGGGAACUCCUACCACCACCAACACCGCGACUACCCCGGCCAUUACUACUCGCAAGAAGGCUCCGGCGGUCCUUGUUGUCAAUGGAAGCUGGAAGAUAUAA